AUUUUAUUCCUUUUGUUAAAAAUAAAAAAAAAAAACUUCUCAUAAUGAGCUUUCAAAAAAAUACUGUAAAGAGCAAAUUUCCACCAACCUUCUGUGGAUCAAUAAAGAUCACAGCUGCAAAAUACUCCACUUCGUUGGAUUCACGUGGCUUUCUCCCUGUCUAUGAAUAUCUGAUUCAUGGACAGCCCAUUAUGUGGGAUAGAGAGACAGGCCAUGUCCAUUUCACUGGCAUUUGGAAGGCUUUGGGAAAAUCAAAGACCGAGAUAGCCAAAAUGGUCCAGGCCAACCCUAACCUCAAAGUGAAGAAGAUACGAGGAGGUUGUUUGAAAAUCCAAGGAACUUGGAUUCCCAUGGAAAGCGCAUAUGCGCUUUGUAAAAAAGUCGCCUGGAAAAUUCGAAAGAAGCUUGUUCCUCUCUUCGGCAAACGCAUUGUUGACGAAGCUAUUAGGCCUAGUCAUGCUGAUUAUGGUUCUCUUUUGCUUGAUACUGGAGCCAACGACGCUUCUUCUGCCUCCUCCUCUUUCUCUGUACCUGCCGCUUCCGCUUCUGCUUCCUCCUCUUUGUCUGCUGCUGGUUCUUCUUCUUCUUCUUCUUCUUCUUCUGCUUCUGCUUCCGCUUCUUUUCCUCCUUUGUCACGCCGGUCAACAGGUGAAGAUAUCCACAUGUCUUCCACUACGGCUGCUACGGCUGCCAUCACUCGUAAGAAGACGAAAAAACCUAUUGAGCGUUUCCAACCUUAUUGUCGAGACAAUGGCCGGUCCGCUUUCAAAAACAUCUCCAACCUCUCCAAUAUCAGACGUAGCUCAAGAAUAAGCAAUCGUAAGGCAGCAGCAGCGUUAGCAGCAGCAUCAACGUCUACCUUAUUCUCUUUUCCAUCUUCAACUGCAGGAUCUUCCUUGGCUUAUAAUGAUGUACCAUCCGGAGAAUGUGGCCCAACCAUUGGUCCUGAGAGCAGAUUGACCAUGAAUAUCACUACUGUACCUACUGGCUUAGAAGAAGAAUUUUCCAUGGUAGAAAAUGUCCAUUCGCAAACCCUGAAUUCCUAUCAAACAGCUCAAGACCUGCCUAAUUGCCCAUCGUCAUCUCCUUUACCACCAGUAACUGAACCAGCUCUUACAGAAACUGCUCAUGGUGAUUCAUACAUUACCUACAGAGUACCAGCUAAUAUAUCAGCAGACAGUACCGCUAUUGAACUCAUCGACAUUAUCAAGGCUGGCAUCGCUCUUCAACAGCUAUCGCAGGACGACGGUACAAGACCCAUUUUGCCCUUGGAUACAUCAUUAAUCCCCAGUAAAGUCGUAGCAAGAAACCAAGAAUAUAACAUUCACUGGUCUCCUUAUGAUCAAUAAGGAGGGGUUGUUGAGUUAUAGGCUAUAAGUUUUUCUUUUGUUUAUUUUGCACUUUUUUUUUUUUUUUCUG